AUGUGGAUAGUUGAAAGUGAGUUUUCUUGCUUUGGAAAGNAGUUAAAGAAGGCAACCUUGGCUCAAAUAAACCUCCUUCGCUACAGAUACAGGAGAAAGCGCCUAGUUGGAAGUGAGGUUUCUUGCUUUGGAAAGAAAGUCAUUCAGAAAGAACUCCUAACUUCCUCCAACUCAAGUAUUCCUUUCUAUAGUGGAGAAAGUAGUGGUGAGAGCCUCCCUAAGCCAAGAUCUGAAGAUAGACAGCCAAAUGCUAAUGGUAAGCCCAUUCGGUUCAAAGAAUUAAAGAAAGCGACCAGAAACUUUCGACCUGACCGCAUUUUAGCGAAAGGAGGAGUUGGUACUGUUUUUAAGGGAUGGAUCAACGAGCUCACUCUUACCGCUGCAAAGCCAGGAUAUGGAAGGACUGUUGCUAUCAAGAAGUGGAAUCCCAAUAGUUUUCCAGGGUUCAACGAUUGGUUGGCCGAAGUUAAUUAUCUGAGUCAUUUUCGUCAUCCGAACCUGAUUAAACUUAUUGCUUACUGCACCGAGGGUGACAACCUUCUUUUGGUGUAUGAGUUCAUGCCAAAAGGAAGCCUGGACAAUCACUUGUUCAGAGGAGGGCAUCCGUGUCUUUCUUGGUCUACUAGAAUCAAGGUAGCUGUUGAUACUGCUAGAGGUCUUUCUUUCUUGCAUGAUGCUAAAAACAAAGUGAUACAUCGACAUUUUAAGUCUGCUAACAUUCUUUUGGAUGAGGAUUUUAAUGCCAAGUUGUCUGACUUCUAUCUCGCUAAAGAUGGGCCAACUGAUGAUAAGACUCAUGUGUCCACUCGAGUUAUGGGUACAUAUGGCUACGCUGCACCGGAAUACAUGGCUACAGGUCAUUUGACGGAAAAGUGUGAUGUAUAUGGCUUUGGAGUCGUUUUGAUAGAAUUACUAUCUGGCCGUCAGGCUAUUGAUAUAUCUACUGGUAAACAACAGUUGCUAGUGGAUUGGGCAAGAUCAUAUUUGUUUAAGAAUAAAGAAGUGUAUCGAGCGGUAGACCCCAAAUUGGAAGGCCAGUACCCUCUGGAAGGAGCAGUUAUAGUUUCAAAUCUUGCUUUGCAGUGCGCAAGUGAUAAUCCCAGAAGCAGGCCGCGUAUGGAAGCGGUUUUAGCCACAUUGGAACGACUCUAA